UACAGCCUGGCAGAAGAACAAGAAGAAGAAGUAGAUUGAACAGAGAAAAACAAAAACCUGAAUCCGUUUCCACCUUCCCCGUGGCUGUCCGUGCGCUCCGCGAUGCCAGCCGCAGUUUGUAGCCGGGAUGGGAAGAGGAGAGGAGGCUUCAUUUGCAGACGGCGCCUCGCUGCUUUCUGUUAAUUGCUACCUGAAGAUAAUUAAGACGCAGCCGAGGAGCGAGGAGAGUGUUUGGUGUCAACUUUAAAGAAAAGCUCCUGUCCUCCUCCUCCUGCUACUACUAUUACUACUCCUGCCGGAGAAGCCGGUGGAUGUUGCGCCAUGAAGAUAAAGACGAGACUUCGAGUCGUCCUGGUGUUAAUGUGGAUCCUUCAAGGUGACACCCAGAAGGUGGAGAUCCCCAGAGGAGAGAUGGAGGUGGUGAAGGGUCAAGUGGUGGUGUUACACGCCUGGUACAGUCCCAACUCAGACAUUUCCAAAAACUCUGUCAUUUGGAACUUUGUGGGAAACGAGUCGAAGCAGGUGAUAACCUUCAGCUCAGGUGAGGUCGGGCACGGCCAGAAUGACUUCACCAAAAGAGUGGGCUUCAGUGCGACCAUGCCCUCCGCCAACCUCUCCAUCUACAUCAACAACACCCAUGAGUCUGACUCCGGACGCUACAUCUGCACUGUCAUCAUCCGCGGAAGUGCUGGAAUUACCGGAGACGUUCGCCUUAAUGUCAAAGUCCCUCCUUCUCCGCCAGUGUGCUCCAUGACUGGGAACCCGAUGGUGAAGGGCAACGUGACCCUGAGCUGCAAAUCAAGCCAUGGAAAACCAGUCCCUCAGUACAAAUGGACCAAGGCUGCACCCGUAUCCGAGGUCUUCUUCUCCCCGAUGCAGAAUGAAAGACACGGUACCCUCAGGCUCAGCAACCUCACUAAAAGCAUGUCAGGGAAGUACAUCUGCCGAGCCAGCAACACCGCUGGCUCCGACAGCUGCUCCAUUAACCUGGAGGUUAUCACCUCUUCUAACGCAGGCAUGGUCGCAGCAGCUACACUGGGGUCGAUCGUGGGCCUGGUGGCCAUGGUGCUGUUCCUCAUAUUCAUACUGAGAAGGAGGCAGGACACCGAGGAGGAGAUCGCCAACGAGAUCAAGGAGGAUGCUCAGGCACCAAAGCGAGUGUCCUGGGCAAAGAGUAACACCGGUUCAGACGUUGGAUCCAAGAACGGCACGUUGUCCUCCAUAGCCACCAGUCCCCGACCACAAGACCCCCACCAGCUGAAAUUCCACUACCCAUACUCCCCUACAUCUGCCUCAGACAGCUCAGUCAUCAACGCCUACCAGCUGCGACCCGGAGAAGCCAACACGCUACAGGGACUUCCUGGUUACAACAUCGGCGGUACCCCGUCACGUAAACACAAGCGACCUCCCAAUGCAAACGGGGGCCCUCCGCAGGUGCUAAGGAGCCCUGUGGUGGCCAUCCCCAACAGGACUGUGGUGGCUCAGCCUCAGGUGCCACCUCCACUCACUGUGUCGCCGCAAAUGAGCGCCUCUACUCUGACACGCAUGGGAGCUGUCGCAGUCAUGGUGCCUGCUCAAAGCCAAGCCGGCUCACUGGUGUAGCCGGCAGAAGCGUCUCUGGUGGGGAGUAAAAGGACAGUGGUUAUGGAUGGAGAGAAAGUUUGCCUUGAAAUGGAAAAGCACUUUCUCCUGAGAGAUAAUGAGAGGUGGUUUGUGCUUCAUUUGCACAAAUGUGUUUUCUUUUUGUAUGCUGCGUUCUGGCUCGCUAAAAAGAAAUAUAUAUUUUUAUUUACAGGCUUCUAAGGAGAUCUUAAUGAAAUCCAGAAGUGUAAAGAUUUAUAGGCGGCAUGCAUACACCACCAGAUAUUUCAAGAGAGUUAAAGCAGUUCGAACAACUCAGAGUUUUGCAAAAAUGCAACAUGUUGGCUACAUUUGUAUAAUAGACGAAGCUAAUAUAAAACAAAUUUUUUAUAAUUUCAUUUCUAUUUCACAGUAUCCGCCUGUGCAAGGAUCACUUUUCAGUCACUUGUCUCAGGCUAACUGCACUAGUUUGGAGCAAAAAAACCCAGCAAAGUCACAAUUCAGGUAUUAUCUUGCAAACGUCUCGCUUUGUUGAACCCACAUUUACCUGUGUUCACGUAAAGGGUUGUUUAUUUAACAUACUGGAACAAUGUCAGUAUGGUUUAAUGACACUGAGAGAACAUACUUAUAAUAUGAGUAUAUUGCCUGUUAUGGUAGUUGGAAUGUAACCAAUAGUGAGUACAAGAUUGUUGAAGUUGGUGAUUUCUAACUAUUUUGUUCAAAGGUGCUUUGUAUAACUUGUUAUAAUUACUGUGAACAUACAAGGCGUGUUAGUCGGGAAGAGUGGCGGCUGAUGGUCUCGUUUGUUUUCUUGUAAGCAUACUAAACUCUGCUGAUGAUGUAGCAGUGACGUGUUGACGCUGAAAGGCUACGUGUAGCACUUUUAAUGCAGUUUUGAUUGUUUUCAAUAAAGUGUUCUGGAGUGUUUGAUUUAAGCAUGAUAUCAGCACAUUAUUACUCGUGCAAAUAGUUCUUAUAAAACCACAGGAAAUGUAAAUAA